CGAAAACACACCAAAACAUAGAAUUGGGAUUGAUUCGGUCGUUGGUUGGUUGGUUUGUUUGUUGGUUUGUUUGUUUGUUGCCGAGAUGUUGUUGCUGCUCGGCUCGCUGCUGCUCGGCGCGAGCUUGGCGCGCGGCUCUCAGAUCUCGGACCUGAAGUCGAAGCUGUCCGGUGUGGAGGAGCUGCUCGAGGAGUUCCGCAAGCAGCUGCAGCAGGACGACGCGUACCAGAGCGCAGACGACGCCGGCGACGCGUGCCUGAGCGACUUCGACGCGGCCGAGGAGCGCAUCAUCCGCGCCAUGGCCUCGAUCGAGCGCGGCGCCGCCUUCCUGUCCGCCCCGGGCCGCGUGUACGGCCGCAGGGACUGCGCGCGCGCCUGCUGCGCCGAGCCGCGCUGCACCACCGCCAUCGUGCAGGAGCGGCAGACGCAGACGCAGACAGAGAUAAGAGAACAACAGCAGCAGCAGCAGACGCAGACGCAGGAGGCGGAGAGCGGCGACGCGGGGGGUCUGCGCUGCUACCUGUUCAACUGCACGUACGGCGGCGCGAGCGUCUGCGUGUUCGCGUUCCAGCGCGGCUUCAGCACCUUCAGCCGCGUCGCGCGCAACGUCAGCGCGUCGCGCGAGCGUCACCGCAGGCCUCUCCAGGCGGAGGAGGAGGAGGAGCAGGAGGAUGAAGACGGGGACUCGUCCAUGCGAGAGCUGGACGAACCCCCGCGGAGUGACGCUGGAAUGGACGUUGUGAUCCAGUUGCCUACGGACUGGGCCAUACUGGAUGGCAGGGACAGCAUGGAUGACCACGGAGUCGUACGUUACGAAUGGGCUCUCGUUAAAGGGGAUGCGUCAAUCAGCAUGAAGGUUACCCACCCGGGUCUGCUGAAGCUGAGCGGGCUCAGAGAGGGCGUCUACACUUUCCAGAUGACGGUCACGGACACCGUUGGGCAGAGGAGUUCGGAUAACGUCUCCGUCACCGUGCUGGCACCUGAACACCACGCAGAAGUAUGUACUCAUCAUUGCUCGCCGUACCAGUUCAUGUGUGAUGACGGAUGCUGUAUCGACAUUAGCUAUGCCUGUGAUGGCAAACAGCACUGCCCUGACCGCUCAGACGAAGACUUCUGCCGCAACUUCGACGGAGGCCGUAAGACGGUAACUCACACAGCUGGCGCUUCGUCUCAGAACGGGGGAGCCAGAGAAGCAGAGGGUCGAGCCAUGAUUCCUUCAGGAUCACGUAAUAUUGAACCCCCAGCAGAGCUCAAGCAACAGAAACGGCCAACGGUUGACCAAGAUCCCUGCAUGAUGCCCCCUGUGGUUGGUCCGUGUAAAGGCGUUUUCCCACGCUGGUACUACGACCCCACAGCCGGAGAGUGUAAACACUUUCUGUACAGCGGCUGCAAAGGAAACCACAACAACUUCCUGCAGCAGGCCGACUGCGCAAACGAAUGCAUCCAGAAACCCGCUCCAGGUGAUCACCGGGCCACUGCAGCGCCUCCCCCGACCACACACACCAACACGGCUCCCAGGUCAUCCAGCACCGAAGCCAAGUCCAAGAAUUCUGCACCAUCACCGCAGAAUGCUCAGCCAGUAACUAAAGCUCAUACAGAACUAAGCACAGGACACACACCGCCAGAGUCAGGUACGAUCCUGGCUCUGGUGCUCGGGGUGAUUAUUAGCUCUCUGCUCUUGCUGAUGGUGGGCUGCAGGCUCCGCGUGCGACGUCACAGGAGGAAGAAAGCUCUGCCGCUCACCACCGAGGAAUCCGAUUACCUCAUCAACGGCAUGUACCUGUAGUGUAACAUGCACAUCUAUAUAUAUCACACACACACACACGUACAUACACAUACACAAGGACCAGAGUGUUCUUUUGUGCUUAUGUGAAUGGGAGAUCUAUGGAUUUAAUUAGAUAUAUAAUGUAGAAUAUCAGCUGCUCCGUCGAGUCUAAAUGCAUCAUCCAAACCUUCCGAUAUACGAAGCCGUUCUGCGUGUUUUGAUAUUCGGUGUCUCGAUGAAAUGUGUGUCAAAAGAGUCACAGUAGGAAUGUCUGAAAAAAGGAGAAAAAUCCACAAAGGAUUUCACCUUGUGCAAUGUGCUUUUUUUCCCCUCCAGCUGUUUAGUUUGAAUGAACCUGCACUUGCUGUAGAACCUGAUGUGGUUUUCUGCUGUUGUAAGCCAGUUUUUUGUGCUCCGAGAUGCUUUUCUGCUCACCACGGUUGUUAAGAGUGGCUAUUUAAGGUUACCAUAGCUUUCAUGUCAGCUCAAACCAGUUUGGCCUUUCUCAUUCCUAAUAAGGUGUUUCCACCAGAAGUGGAAGUUCUGCUGCUCAAUGGAUGUUUUUUUGUUUUUCGCAUCAUCCCAUGUACUGUACUUUAAAGAUAUACAAAAAAAAGAAGAAAUGUCCAACUUUAAAUAAUGAUCUUUCAAAUAAAGAAGUUAAAAAUUCUUGACCGAAAUGGAAAUUCAGGAUGAAGAUAAAUGGAAUAACAUCAAACGUUAAAAAAAAAAAAAAAAAAUCCCUAUUAUUAUCAUUAUUGUUUGCCAAAAAUACUGAAAGUGGCCAUUUGUGUUGAAGUUUAGAUUCAUCCCUAAAAAUAAAGUAUUUUUUCCACAUAGAGGAUUUUACCACCACAAGAUUAUAUUCUUUAUAAAGUUAUUUAUUGAUAUUAUUUCAUUAUUAUGCGCUAAAUCAUCUUUUCCUUGUGUAAUUUUUUCCCCUUUGUUUUUUUUUUAUUAUGUUUUACUGCAAUUAUUUUAUAAUCUUGCCUUUCUGUAAACAUUCAUAUAUCUACAGUCGGGAGACAAUACAGUAGGUAUUCUGAAACUUUUUUUGUUUUGUUACAAGGGGCGUUCAAGUCAAACCAGGACUUGACAAGUGAUGAAAUUCCUAGUAAAUAAAGAAGCAAACACAAUUAACAUUGACAGAAGACUUUAAGGACAGUACGGUGAUAUUUUAUUCGUCUUAGCCAAUAGCGCAAACGUUUUUAAAGGAGGCCGUGCGUCAAUGAGUGAUCGUAGCCCACUGCAUUCGUUCCUGUGAACAUUCAGCAAUUAGAAAGGCUGAUCAUUAAAAAUUGAUGAAUAACUUUUGUGGAAGCAACACAUCUGUGUGUGGGAACUGUGUGAUUGUUCAUCAACACCACGUACACACUAUGGCACCUUAAUGUACUUAUGGGAGUCUGUUCUACAGCCACUGUACAGUCCAAGCCAUUCUCAUGUGUUUAGACCAUUAAAGGAGUUCCUGGGAGGCCAGUGU